CUAAAUCAAUUCAUAUGCAUAUUAUGUGGAUUGUGAAAAUUUAAAAGAGGUAAAGAAAUGGCAGACACAGGUAAAGGAAGCUCAGGCGCUGGUUGCAACGAUCGCUGUGGCUGUCCUGCUCCCUGUCCCGGUGGCGAUUCCUGCAGGUGCAGGAUGAGCGAAGCAUCUGGUGGGGAUCAAGGACACAACUUGUGCCCGUGUGGGGAGCACUGCGGUUGCAACCCUUGCACCUGCCCCAAGACCCAGACCUCCGCCAAGGGCAAGGCCUUCUGCAACUGUGGUGAAGGCUGCACCUGCGCCACUUGCGCUGCUUAGACCAUGUCUGUGGCAUAUACUUGUAUAAUAGGUACGAGGUAGUCGAUUAGGUCCCUAGUCUCUGAAAUAAAAUUUGUGUUUACUAGGUCCACAAGUACAACAAAAUAUAUCGUAUGCUCUGUUCAGCUUGUA